AUGACUGAAAAGGCAGACAUGGCGAUGGAAGUGUUCAUCGUGACGGACUGCGUCGUCCUAACGCUCCAGGUCCUUUGUGGAUGCGGCAACGGCUACAUAAUGGCGCUUUUCUGCAGGUUCGUUAGAAAUAUUCUUCUAACAGCAUGAAUCUGUGAGGAUCUCUAGUCAGAAGCUUGAAAAAUCGAAGAAUUUUUCUUUUUUUUUUUUUGAUCUUUUUUUGAUCAAAUUCAUGCGUUUUUCAUGAUAAAAAAAUAUUGUUAUGGUUAAUUUAUGAGUCAAUUUUUUUCAACAGAAUUUAUUCAGUUAUCUUAUCUUGACUGGGCAAUUUUCAGAUACAAACCAAUCAGAAACAACAGAGGCGCCAGACUUCUCAUUUACCUGGCUCUGACCAACUUCCUAUUAGCUGUGACUUGUAUGUCAAAUCUUAACUUUUCAAAAAAUAUCAUUCGUUUUCAGCACUUCCAUACGUGAUUUACUUAGUUAGCUUAUGGAAUCCAGUCCGACUGGACUACGACCCUCGAAUGAUCAUGAUUUCCGGUAUGCCGUUGCCGAUUCAGCUCAAACUCAGCCUCGCUCUGUCAAUCUUCCUAGCCUUUGAAAGACUUUGUGUGAGUGAACACUUGAAUUUUCAACUGAAAAGAAGUUUCAGGCUUUAUACCGCCCUGUUCUCUAUCGGAAAUUAAACCCCCUCAUCUACGCCAACGUCGCCUUGGCUGUCGCUGUGACAGGGGCGUCCAUCGAUAUCUUCUUCGAAUUUCUGUGGUCUCCAUUCGAUCAUGUAAUCAACUGCGCGGCUUUCGGCUGUUUUGUCAGCGCGAAGUUUCGUUUCUACUGGGGCAACUGCAACACGGUGAGUUUCUUUAUCUAUUUACUAUUUUACAACUUUAUUAUACGAAACACUUAGCGAUUUGAUUAUUUCAGGUUCUCGGGUUCAUAAUGAUUUUCAUGAUGCUUUUUAUAAUGAUCAAGUUGCGGCAAUUGAGUAAAUCUUCAAAGUCCGUGAUACAAAUAUCGAAUAAAGAAGAUCGUCGCUUUCGAAAGGUCUGACCUUUUUGAAUCAUCCCGAAAAUGCAAUUGGAAGUCCCCAAAAAUAGUUUGGACAAUGAUUUUUUAUUUUGAAAUCAUAUGAAAGUGAUCUGAAGAGCUGUUCAGUUUCUCAUUAGUUGGACAGUGCAGCGGAGAGUUUGCAUGGCGAAACAGGGAUUUUAGUUCGAUUUCUUUCUGUCUUCCGAAUUUUUUUUGAUUGAUUGCAAAUCCCUCCUGUCACACAGAAAGUUCAGUUAUUUUCCUUAACAUUUUACUCCAACAAUAGUUUUUCCGAUCCUAUCUCUAUAUCUAUCAGAGCCGCCAAUCUAUAAACUUCAGGCAAACUUAACUACAUGUUCUUUCCUCACGAGUACUCUGAUAUUCAUCACGAUUCCCAGUGUUGGCGUGGGCAUCUUCGAGUUGACCGGAAAUUCAAUUUUUCGCCUAGUCGGACCGUUCUACAUUGUUGGUAUCCUAGCCACCGGUACAUUGAUCUGCAUUCAAAAUAAAUGAGAAAGAAUAUUCCAGGUGUUUGUCACAGCAUUAUAUUCCUCACACAAAAUGAUGAUGCCAGACACUUCGUCAAGAAGGAAAUGUUCAGAAUCGACCAUUCCCACAUAGUCACAAACCUCUCCGAUCCUGCCUCCCGCUUCACGAGGACCAACAACAGAACACUCUUUCAAAGAGUAUAACUUUUAAUUUACAGGUGUCUUGUAAAUAUGUUCGUAUUGUUACUUUUUAUUGAACAUUUCUCAGAGUCUUUCACACCAAUGAAAAAUCAAUGGGAAUGAAAUUUGCUUCCAAUUAUGUUUCUAUGGAAAAGUAUAUAACAUACACUCUCGCAUAAUUCGAUCAGUCCACUAACUUUUUUUUAAAUUGAAGGUAGAUUCGUAAGAAAAGUAGAAUAAUUUAUCAUAUCCCAUUAGCGGACCAAAAAGUCUAGCCUGUCUCCGCUCUCUUGAUCUCUCAAGUUGUUCACUUUUUUCGUUUUUUUUUUCCUGACUGUGCAGUUGAGGAAAAGCAGAGACAAGUCUGACCAUCUUUAGCCCGAUUGUAAUGUACAAGCCUAAAAAUUUACUGGUAAAUCUAACCUUAUACGAGUUCUCCCUAUCUGUUCCUCCUCGACUCUAUGGAUGUAAAAUUGAAUAAUGUAAUGGCAGUGAAUAAACUAUUAUUAUCUCAAAUCCUGAACUUUAUUGAGCUUUUUGGGGUUCACACUGAUUUGUCAAUGAAUUAUAGCUGAGCUGAAAUAUACAGAAACGAUUUCGAAAUCAAAAAAGCAAUCACAAGACCAACACUCGUAAGCAACUAUUUUUGUUGAAUUGCUACGUUUAUGAUACUUCCAAAGGCUAUAAUUCACGUUUUUAGGAGAGAAUUCUCGGCAAUUAGUAGUUUACGAGAGAAACUCAGUUGCGAGUGUACCACAGAGCUCAGCGAUUUCAUUACCCUCCAUUCUGCAAGCGCCCAAGUUCAUUCCCUUUCUUGGACCUCUCCAUAGCUUCUGAACUUUCCACCAAAAACAUGUUUUUUGAAACAACAGAAGAUGCAGGUAAUAGCUAUUUUCUAUUUCGAAAAAGGCCUCGUUUAGAAGAAAUACCGGAGAGUUCGUUCAUCGAAUUUCUUCUCUUCAGCGUCGUGAAGUAUGGAUUCCUUUUAACGGCUCUCGGCCUAAAUACGUCUUGUUAUGUGGCUUUGAUUCAAAACAGACACAAAGACUUUUCAGUUCGUAAAAAUACAUUGCGAAAACUGAAUUACGAACUCAAAUUUUCCAGGCUCGAUUCUACUGUAUCAUGAAAGUAUUCUCGUUUUGUAUAGCUUUGAAUGCUGUCUGCAGUCUCUUGUACUUUGCGAUAUCUGAUGUCAGUUAAAUAAGAAAAACAGUUAUAAAAAUCGAAUAUCUAGGCAGGAGUGAGCAAUGGCGUUUUUAACAGUAUCAGCAUGACGGUGAACCUUUUCACGAGUUAUCUUUCCGGGCUUUUCAUCUUCUUGGCCGGCUUCAACCGUGCCUACACCCUCAGCUUUCCCAAUAACAGACUUUUUAUCUCGUGAGAUCUAAAAAGUGGACUGAAUAUCCUUGAAAAGAAUAGAUGGCGUUGUCGGGUGACAUGUGCCGUUUUUGUUCUGAUUGCGGCCUCAUCGACGAUUGUGGUGGUAUUCUGGAGCGGAUUGACUCGCCGUUACGACGAGAGCAACGGAAUCGUCGUCAACACUGUUUCCAACUUCUUUGUUGUCAAUGUAAGGGUUUUCUCGGAGCCAUGAGUAGGAACAGGGUAUUUUGCCAGGGUUAAUAGUCUGUGUACCACGACUUGGAAUUUCACCGAACGACAUUCCGCUGUUUCGCUGCGUGCUCGGCCGCGCCUUUAAUUUUUUAUUUUAUUUAAGAACUCGACCAACGCGUGUUUUUAGUGGAACAGUUCAUCUAUCAGAGAUGAGAACCAACUAAAAGCGAGACCGAGGCUCGCAAAGACGCUUCGCGACGCAGCGGAAGAGCGGAAUGUCGUUCGGUGAAACUCCAAGUCUUGGCACACUGACUUUACCUUUGUUCUUGUUAAACUUUUAACCAGUUCUGAGUUCCUGAAAAGAGAAUGGGUUGAGAAAAUGUUUUUAGUUUGCUACAGGUUAGUUCAUUCAGUAAGACUCUAUAACCUCUCGCUAGUCUGCGCCUUUUUCUCUCACCGAAAUCCUCAAAAAAUAGUUGAAUAGCUCAUUAAUAUUAUAUCGCCCCUGGAAACUUUAACUGCAGACUCUCGAGUUUCAUAGUUCCCAUUUUCGUCUCUCACAGAAUUCGUCUACUAGAUUGAUGAAUCUAUUUCUAAAAACGUUAAAAUGAACUUGAGAAAUAACAAACUUGCAGUUUUUUGAUAAACAAAACCCUAUUCAAAGAUCUUCUGCUGACUCAUUCACGCUUCUUCAAAAUAAACUACUCCCAAAAGUAUGAAUCAACUGAACUUUUGAUAAAUAGUGAUGAUAAGUUAUAAAACGCAAUAAGAAAAAGAACAAGUUCAGACCGUGAACGUGGUGUUCCAAGUGAUUCCGAUGAUGUCGGCCUUCCUGUUUCUGCUGUUGUUCUUCCGUCUCCGACAACAGCGCCGAAUGGCUACUUCAGGGAACACCAUCGGGCUGAUCGAUAGAGCCGAACGUUGCUCCUUCCUUCAGUUCUGCAGCAUUCUGACCUUUUACACGGUACUUUUCGCCUUUUUCCCAGUUUUGAAAACAAAGAAGUACAUUCAGACAGCGCUAGUCGCCCACAUUUUGCUCAAAAAGCAACAUAAGAGUUUGGUGUGCCUCUACAUCGAUGAGCUUGUAUCGAUAGUGCCGCAAAUCGGAGUCGCUGCUUCUAUGGGAUUGUGCAACAAAAGAAUGAGAACCGUCAGUUUACACUGUGAAAUACCUGAAUGAGAAUGAAGGCUGCCUUCAGAAAGCACCAUCAGAUAUAGACUAUUUCUGAUGGUGCCUUCGUUCUUAUAUAGUUCUCCACGCUGUCUCCAGAAUGUCAAGCAUAUCUCCAAGAAAAGUCGUAGUUAUUCAAUUCAAAAUUUUUCCAAAGUCAGUCGGAGGAAUUGAGAUUUCAAAUUUUUAGCAUUUAUGACUUUCCAGACCACCUUAAUCUAAAAAAACAGCUUUGGUCGAAGUUUUUCCAUCAGAUGUCACGUUUCGACUUGAGUGGCUUCCUAUUUGGUUAGCAGCGCUAUCGAAUCAAAAAGAUCAAAUGUUUUUCCUGGUUUUCAUAAUAUUAAAAAGAUUUUCUCUCUCACUAAAGUAAGCCUAUUCUCGUAGUCCUGCUGAUUCGCGAAUAAACUUUCAGACUAUAAAUUGAGGCAUAAUCACUCGUAGUUUUUGAGGCGCUCAAGAACGUCUUCCUGAUUGGAAAGAGCUCCACUGUUUCGUCCAAUACGACAACCAAUGAAAUGAACGGCCUUCCGAAGGCCCAACCACAUCUCAAGAGUAUCACCGUCUCGCCGAAACCGAGCGAAGCAACGAAUACGUCGACUAACUGUCCAGAAACUCAGCAAACCGCCUCAACAGACGGUUUGAAGCGAAGCUCAAUCUGUUUCAAUCUGUUCAAGAAUGAAUUCAAAUCUUUGGAGAUUCUUGGAAAUUUCAACAAGAGCUUUUCAACAAAUUAUAUCUUUCCUAGUUCUUUUUUCAUUCUUUCAGUUGAUCUCCGGAACCCAGCUUUAUGCGACACCACCGUUUCAUGCUCUCUCGAAACAAAGUGAAGGCCGUCCGUUUGGUAGUACCUUAACAAAAUAACCGAUUUUUUUUGGUUCCGUUAUUUCUUUUUCCAUUGGGAAACACAUAAAUAAACUAUUUUUUGCUUUACUCUUUGUUUUUUUCCUUUGAAACCUUGCCGAUUUUGGUCAGGCUAGAAAGGAAUCUUUGAGGCUUUCACUCUUAACAAAUACUAUUUAGUAAAAUUACAUGGGCGGAAGUUUCCAUUUAAUGUUUCUAUUUCUUUUUUUGCAAAUAACCAAAAACCGAGCCACAUAACUUUGAAAGCCCGGCCUCCAAAAACAAAAAAAAUUCCCUGCGGAACGCAGCGAAUUCGGUUGCCAUGAGGAAAAUGACAUGUUUUGUGCAUCGCCGGUUUUACCUAGAAUCGGAAAAAAUUCCAACACGCUCCUUGAGUUUUAUCAUUUUCUUUCAUUUCUUGGUCGUCAGUCCAUCUCUCAACUCCUUCGCAAUCAAGCUUCCGUGCAGUUCAUUUCCUAAUCAACACAAAUCUCCUGGUUUUUGCUUUAGCUAGUCCUUCGGACACUAUUACUCUCCUAAUUUAUUGAAUCCGCUCAAAUUUGAUUUAACGCGGGAACUAUACGUCUUUCUUUCUUUUAUUGGAAUUUUUCAAUCCAAAUAUGUUUCAAAAAAGCCCUUUUGAUGACAACGGCGAGGUGUUUGAACCAGGAUGUACACAGACUCUUUUUUUUUCAGCUUUAGUCAUAUUCCUUCCUUUCUUAGGCUUCCAAUUUCAGAAAGUUCAAAGUCACACACAAUCCCCCCUUGUGAAAGUUGGCAGGAAGUGUUGGAUAUAGAGACCAAAUCUUAUUUAUCUCUCUCGGCUACCAAUUAAAAACUGAAAUCAAUGAGAAUUUAAUCCACCUGCAAAAAUAUGUCAUUCUUUUUAAUUUCUGAAUAUAAAAAAACUCAGAAAAAGAGGUUUUGAAACGAAAUGCGCCUGAAAAUUUAUCAAAGAAAAUUUCAAUUUGAAACACUAUACUUGAGAAGAAAAAUAUUAACCUAAUCACUGGGUUCAAGUGAAAAAUCGCACGAACAGUGAUAUAUAACCCACCUGAAAAUAUCUUUGAUACCUUUAAGUAGAAUAUCAAGUUUUAAGGCACUAUUUUUUUUAAUCCAAAGCUUUAUUUUUUUAAAAAGAUUGUUCACCACAUCUUUUGAUAAGAUAAUCAAACUUCCCAUUAUUUUUUUGGUUUUGAUUUCCAUGAAAUGUUCAUCGAACCGUAUAAAACAGAAGCCACAUCCUCUCAUUUUCCAAUUAUUUUAUUAUUUCAUUUCUAAACUCCGCCGAACUUACAAAAACGUGAUUUUCUUUCGAAAUUUCACAAGAUUUAUAGUCAUAACAAAUUACGCUUCUUGUUUUUGCCAAAACCAUCGAAGCGUUGCAAUGUUUUCAAGAAGAGGUUCCUGUGCCAAGCGAAGAAUCAUAAAACAAAUAUCCCAGUACCGGCUCUCUUUUUUAAUCUUCCUUGUAAGCCCCGCCCACGCCUCCAAUCUUUCUUAAAGCUGUUUAUGAAUCCUUUUUCACGCUCCGUUUCUUUUCUCGAUGGCCGCGACGACUCAUCAUUUCGAAAUCUCCUUUCGGCUUGCCAAUUAUUUUUCAUUUCCUUGUUUUCGAAAUACAGCCAAUAUUCGUGUAGUGAAGUCGUGUCGACUUGAAACGCCAUGAUCGCAGAAAGAAUAGCGCCAACUCUUGGAAGCUUCAAGCCCUUUUUGCACUUUUUGCGUCCGACUCGAUUCAGCUUGCGCAUCUGGAUAAUAUGAUUUUUUUCGCUUUCAUGAUAUUUUUUCAAAAGACAAAAAAAUGCGAAAAAAUUCCUGCAACCAUGGCCUUUCUGGUCGAGACGAAAACUCAUAGAUUCAACUUAGAAACUAUAAUCCAUCUAACUAUGCGUUUUCAAGUAGGACCUCCAGGUAAUAUUGUAACCGAAACGCGAAGAGCCCGGCUCUUCGAUGGGAGGCCAAUGCUCCACCAACAGUUACUCUCUCGACAAAAGCGCGUACAUGGCUCAGGUUAGUUCCAAAUUCACGUUCAGUUGUGCUCUCCCUCAAACUCAUUUCACCUUGCGAGACUGAAAACUGCAGGUGGAAACGAAUCGAAAAAUUGAGGCCGAAAUCGAAAAAGCCAAAGCCAACAAAACCCUGAAGCUUCUGUUGUUAGGUAAUUUCGAAAUUGAAAUAAGCGCAAAUUAUUUCGUUAUAGGCCCUGGAGAAUCGGGAAAAAGCACCACAAUCAAACAAAUCAAGUCAGUGUUUUAACUUUAUUCAAUCGAAUUAUCAUAGAAGACAGAAAGAAAAGUCAAAGUUUGCAGAAUAAUUCACGACUCGGGUUUUUCGGAUAAUGAGCGGAUAGUUAGGCGGUACGGCAUUUAUUUGAAUCUUCUGGAGGGUCUCGAAGAAAUUCACAAAACAGCCAUCGCCAACAAUCUCCAAUACGCCAGGACGCAAACUUAUGUGAGUUAGAUUUUGCUCCGAAUCAACUGAACUUGAAUCAAAAGUUUUGAAUGAGUCUAUUGAAAUCGCUAGAUGCAGUUUCUUGAGAAAAAGCGAAAAUUCAGUUUGGAUUAUAUUGAAUUGCGAAACGAAGAAUCAGAAUUCCGCAACACAAUCGUGUCAAAGAGAGUCCCUUUCUGAAUUUCAGAAGUACGCCUCUGACAUAAAAAUCUUCCUGGAAGAGAUCAAAAAGUCGGAAAAGUAUUUCCCGCAGCUCGUUUGCGAAGAAAUCUCAAAGUACCUGGAGGAUCCUACGGUCAUCUCAGUUCUCAACGACCAAGCUCAUUAUCACAUCGACGACUCUACCCUCUAGUUAGCAGAAGUUCCAGAUUCCUCAAAAAACUUUCCUUCACAGCUUCGUACAAAACUUGAAGCGUAUAACUGUUUAUGACUUCAUUCCAUCGGACGAGGACAUUUUGAGAAGCAGAGUCCCGACUUCCGGCGUCGUUCAAUACAGCAUCAUGUUGAAAAACUUCAGAUUCAGGUUCCUGAGGCUCUUGCAAAGUUUUUCAUUUCAAUUCUCAGCAUCUUCGACGUGGGUGGCCAGAGAGCCCAGCGCAGAAAAUGGCUGCACGUUUUCGACGACGUCCAUGCGAUCCUCUUCAUCACCUCGUUGUCAGAAUACGACCAAAUGCUGCGAGAAGACUCAACGACGGUAUCAAAAAUCGAUGGUUGUAGAAACUUCUGUCCGUUCAGCACCGGAUGAAGGAGUCGCUGAGCCUUUUCGAGAAGAUUUGCAACGGACCUUUCUUCACAGACACGGCGAUGAUCCUGUUCCUGAACAAAAUCGACUUGUUCGAGUUGAAGAUCCAACACACCAACAUCAACGUCUGCCUCAAAAGCUACAAAGGUUUGGGUUUCUCUUCCUUUCUCGCAUUUUCCAUGCAAACGAGUUGCUCAGAACUGAGACAGAGCAGAGCUCAAUUUAAAGGUUAGAUUUGAUACUUCUAAUGGGCUAGAGUCCCAGAUAAUUGUCCAAAUGUAGUCGGAGUCAUUUGUUGCACAACGAAACGGACGAUUACAGGGCCGCAGACGCGAGACGACGCCUUGCUCUACAUAAAGCAGCGGUUUCUCUCACUAAACAAGAACAGAAAGAGGACCGUCUACGACCACGUCACCUGUGCGACAGACACCAAGCAGAUCCAGGUUCGUCUCGCCAUCGCAGCCUUUUUUGACCUUCUUACCUUUGAAAUCAAUUUCAAAAUCGGUUAUAUAUGAUUCGAGAAUCCCGAUUUAGCCUUGCUCGAAAGUAAUAAAAUAGAGCGGAACUUACUUGUCAAAAAUCAGUUCACUAAGUACUGAAGGACUUCUGAUGGCUGAAGUUCGGUUUCUCUGAAAUCGGAUCCAGAAAUUAAGUUGACAAAAAUGAGAAUACUUUUCUUCAAUAAAAUUCUAUAAGUUUGGACAGCAGUUAGAUGAUUUGAUGAAUUCAGUUUAUACUUUGGUUUAUCGAAUGUUUCAAGUAACAUUUUUUUUUUGAUUUGUCUUCUUCUUCUUCCUACGCCUUUAUACCGCUUGAGCGGCCUCGGCGCCCCUAGUCGAUUAGCCGGGGUCCUAUCCUGAUAUCAGUGGACUAACUCCCGUGACAUAUCCGUCCUUGUGUGUGACGGCAGGGGAUUAUGAAGCCGUGGUUUCGCACUACAAGUAUUUCUUAAACCCCUUGGUUGGGUCGGGGCGGCGAACUUGUGACCCUGUGGACCGUAGACAGGCACACAACAUGUUGCGCUAUGGCGCGCCCCAGUUUUUUUGAUUUCAAUAUAGAAUAAAUUGAAACCAGAACCAUUAGUUUCCAUGUAAAGUUAUGCUAUGUGUUUGUGUCGAUUUCGAAUAUUCAACGAUGGAACGAGUCUUUUUUCAGGUCGUCAUCGACUCCGUCAUCGACGUCGUCAUUCAGAACACGAUGCAGAAGGUCGGCAUUCAGUGA